AUGGCCACAUGGGCACCUGAUGAAUGUGUGUAUUUGCAGACAUACAUUCAGGUUGCCCACCGCCACAUGGUGGGGACAAGUCCCAGACAAAUUCUCGUGCAAAGCGAAUGGUGCAGAAAGAACACAGACUAUGGCGGACAACUUGUUAUUUCAGGCGUUAAUGCAACUUUUCUGGAUGAAUUGCUUGAAAACGAGGGGGAAUCACGUCAACAUUUUCAAAGAUUUAUGCAACUAUUUGCCGCUACUUUGUUGUCAACGGCAAGGAAUAAUAAGACAAGAAUAGAAUUGUAUGUGGAGGAAACGGUACCCUUCUACAACUUAGAUGACUUCCGACGUUUCUUUCGGGUUUCCAGAGCAACAAUUGAAUGUUUAUGUAGAAAUAUUGCCCACUUUCAACAGUUACAACCUGGGUGGACGGGUGGAAGAGAAUUUAUUUCAACAGAUAAACACUUGUUAAUUAGCCUUUGGUAUUUGGCAACCCAAGAUAGCAUUCACAGCAUAUCAGACAGAUUUAAUGUUACAGAGUCCUCUGUUAUUAGAUGUCGAACAAGGAUCACUGACAUUUCUGUUAAUCAUCUAAAACAAGUUUUUAUUUUACUACCUUCUGCUAAUGAACGCCAGGAAAUAAUGGACAAAUUUGAACAAAAACAAAAUUUUCCUGGUGUAUUGUGUGCUUUAGAUGGAACUCAUAUUGCAAUAAAAGCACCUAAAAACCAUCCAGAAACUUAUGUCAACAGAAAGGGGUUUUACUCAAUUAUCUUGCAAGGAAUUUGCAGAGAGGACCUUAGAUUCAUUCACUGCAUAGCAGGUUGGCCUGGAAGCUGCCAUGAUGCCAAGGUUUUUAAGAAUACAGAUAUAUGGGAAAAUGGUUUGGCAGUUUGUGGCAAUGGACAUUUUCUUGGAGAUGGAGCCUAUCCUUUGAGAAGCUGGUUGCUUACUCCUUAUCGUGACACAGGCCAUUUGACACCCCAACAGAGAAAUUACAACUAUCGUCAUUCCGGCACAAGAGUGACAAUUGAGCGGGCGUUAGAA